ACCAUUUUCCCGUAUAUCCACGUGUGUUCGAACUGUAGUGUCUCUCUUGUCUGGUAUUUGAGAACUCUUCAAACACUUGAGAAUGGAUGCAGACAUUGGGCCAGUUGGACGUCGGCUGGCGUGCCCUUUGGUUCCUACAAUCGACUUACACUCUAGUGAUUGGGAUGGAUUGAUGCUAGUGACUGAUAGUGUAGCUAACUUGACUGGGCCACUAGAGUUUUUGAGAGCACCGCUGGAACAAGCCAAACAGCUUGAUGAUUGUGUUGGUAAUGAUGUUACUGUUGUUGGGCUAACUGGCUUGGCAUCAAGGAGAUUGAUUUACUCACCGACUGGUCCUGUGAAUCGAGACUAUGAUGAUGUGCGAAGAUAUCGUGAUGCUGCAGAAAAAGCAGUGAAACGUGCUAUGAAGGCUGGCUGCAAGAGCCCACUUCUGGUUGUUCCUCCUGGAUAUCCAUUUAAGCAAGCUUGGCUAGUAUCAGUGCUGGGAGUAAUGCAUGGCCUCUAUUGUCCAUUGGAAAUUCGUGAAGAUCUUCCUGACAAAUUUCCAAAGUUGGAACAACUGGGUGUUUGGUCAGAAAAAGAAGAAGCUGCCGUCAAAGGAGCUCAGUUGACAGCUGGUCUGGAAAGUGGACGUUUUGUUGCUCGAGACAUUGGUGGGUCAGAUCCAGAAAGAAUGGCUGCACCGCGAGUUGCUGACUAUGUGCUUCACAAUUUUGCUAACACUGUGGUGCAGGUGAAGGUUUUCUCUGAUCCAGUUGUUCUAGACAGAUGCUACCCACUACUGAGUGCUGUUAACCGUUGUGCAGCAACUGUUAACAGACAUGCAGCUCGAGUAAUUGAAUUGCAGUAUGUUGGCGAAGGACCAACUGACUUGACUCUGUUUCUGGUUGGAAAGGGUGUGACUUAUGAUACUGGUGGAGCAGAUAUCAAAGCUGGUGGUGUAAUGGCUGGAAUGCACAGAGACAAGUGUGGAGCUGCUGCUGUUGCAGGAUUCUUUCAAGUACUUUCUGUUCUAAAACCAAAACGAAUAAAGGCAGUUGGUUACAUGUCUAUGGUCAGGAAUAGUGUAGGAACAGAUUGCUAUGUGUCUGAUGAAAUUAUCAAGUCACGGGCUGGUGUUCGCGUUCGCAUUGGCAACACAGAUGCAGAAGGCCGUAUGGCUAUGGCUGAUGUUUUGUGCCAUGCCAAGGAAAGGGCACUCCAGGAGCCAAAUCCAACUCAUUUGCUUACUAUAGCAACACUCACAGGACAUGCUGUAAGAGCAAUGGGUCCAGCAUAUUCAAUCAUUUUAGACAAUGGACCAGCAGCUAAACUCAAAACUGCUGCAAGAGUGCAAGAUGCUGGAGAUAUGAUGGGAGAUCCAUUUGAGGUUUCUACUAUCAGACGAGAGGACUAUGACUUUGUAGCUGGCAAGUCUGUGUAUGAGGAUGUCCUGCAGGCAAAUAAUCAGCCAUCAACAAUAACUCCACGUGGCCACCAGUAUCCAGCUGCAUUUCUGAUCAGGGCUUCAGGCUUGGAUAAGCAUGGAAUUGAUUCAGAGCGACCACUUCCCUACUCUCAUAUUGACAUAGCUGGCUCUUCUGGACCAUAUCCUGGCAUUCCAACUGGUGCACCAGUUGUUGCUUUAUCUGCUCAUUUCUUGCUAGGACGCUUUUGAGAAUUAACUGCUUAGACACACUUUGUUGCUAGUGUGUGAUUUGAAGUUGCAAUGAAUGGUCAACAAUUUAUUGCUGUA